GGUUUGCUCAAAAGUAUUUAGCCUACCGCGUGCAUGCGAGGGUUCUUAAAACCUGAAAUUUGCAUUGAAUAGAAAAUGAUUGUUUGUUCUUUAAGGUGGGAAAAUUCGAUCAGUCCGGUACAGCUCUGUAAGCGACAUACAGUGGAGCAUCCCAGCUGCACACGCAUGCUUCAGCGUGGAGAACUUUAAAAGAUCGGACAAAUCUUCGGUCACAUGAUACGAUCAGUAGCAGCGUUUGCGGGAGAGAAAGUCGGCUCUUUCUAUUCAAUUCAGCACCGGUUUAGUCCACAUUUCGUCCCCUUAGCUCUUUAAAACGGACAUCCCUCAUCCACACGGCCGGCAGGCUGAGGAGGAUGACCGGUAAAACUCAGACCAGCAACGUGACCAACAAGACUGACCCGCGCUCACUCAACUCCAGAGUCUUCAUCGGCAACCUCAACACAGCAGUGGUCAAGAAGACAGACAUUGAGGUCAUCUUUGCCAAAUAUGGCAAGAUCAUCGGCUGCUCAGUGCACAAGGGCUAUGCUUUUGUUCAGUAUGCCAAUGAGAGAAAUGCCCGUUCUGCAGUUGCUGGGGAGAAUUCUAGGGUCAUCGCUGGACAGCCUCUGGACAUUAACAUGGCUGGAGAGCCCAGACCUUAUAGGGCCAAGAUAGGGUCCAAACGACCACUACCCUCUUUGUACAGUGGGUAUGACUUUGACUAUGACUACUACACAGAUGACUUCUACAACAGAUUAUUUGACUUCCACAGGCGGCUGGCGCUCCACCCUCGGGCAGUGAUCCCCGUAAAGCGCACUCGUUUGGUGGCUCCCUCUGUGCGGCGGGUGAAAACAUCUCUCCCUUCCAGGACUUCUUCCUCCUCCUCAUCCUCUUCCUCUGCCUCCUCUCCUUUGAAACAGUUGAGCUGUGGCUCCACAGACGUGCCCCCCAGGCUGAAGAUGGACCAGCUCCUGAGCAUCAAGCGGGAGCUCUCUCAGAUCAAGACCAAGGUGGACUCUUUGCUGGGCCGCCUGGAGAAGAUGGAGCGACAGCACUGUACCGAUGCAGAGUCACAGAGGAAGCGUGAUGAUGCCUACCAGUCACUCCAUAAGCAGCACAUCUCCGACUCAGCCGAACAUUCAGGAGAUGACAUGGAGCCGGGGCACCUGGAGGGAGAGACAGAGGAAAUGGCCGAUGCUUGUAGGGACUAUGAUUAUGAAGGCAGCAGUGAUAUGGUGGAGAACCACAUAUCGGACAUAGACAUUUGAAAAAGGUUAGGUUAUUGGAUUUGUAUGCAUAAAAGUUUAAUCUUUGUUAUUGUACCACACAACACAUUAUAUUAAUAAUAACUAUCAAUUAACUAUCAAUAUAAUAGUUAUAUUGAGUCAUACGAAGCAAAACAUAUGAUUGCAAGGAGAUAAAAUGGUUUUGGAGUCCAGCACUCUUUCUCGAUGCAGUUUACCCUGCACUGUAUUUGUUACUAAAUAGAUAGAUAGAUACUUUAUUGAUCCCCAGGGGAAAUUCAAGGUCUCGGCAGCAUACAGACAACACAUACACAU